GGGCUCCAGGGGCUCACGUGUCAAAGCUCUAACCAGCCUCCUUCGUUCCUGUCGCAGCUUCAUUCAUGUGCUGCUGAGCCAGAGGAGCUGAAGAUGAAGAGCAGGCUGUCUGUGGUGGCGGCUGCCCUCCUGGCUCUGCUGCUGUCCUCCUCUCUGGCCCAGGGUCAAGUCGACCCUCCGUCAGAUUUGAGGUUUAAGAUUUUAAAUGAGAACACAGUGCAAAUGCUCUGGAGCAAACCGCAGUCGAGGAUACAGGGCUACAGAAUACAAGUGACCUCAGACACAGAUGAACCAACAAAAGAAUUUACUCUGCCUGCAUCUGCGACUAAGACCUCCAUCUCAGACCUUAGUCCAGAUGUGGAUUAUGCCGUAACGAUAUCCGCGUACAGUGGAUCAGAGGAGAGUCUGCCCGUCUCCGGCCAGAUCACACUUGAGUCGAGUGGCGGCACAAGAGAAACUCCCAGAAAACCCGACCCUUCAGAUUCAGUCAAAUGCUCCUUCAGUGCCCUGGCUGACGUGGUGUUCCUGGUGGACGGCUCGUGGAGCGUCGGCAGGCCAAACUUUAAAAACAUCCGCAGCUUCAUCUCAGCGACGGCCGGAGCUUUCCAGAUCGGAGAGGAUAAAACCCGGGUGGGCGUGGUCCAGUACGGCAGCGACCCGCGGACAGAGUUCAGCCUCAACAGACACAUGACGCGCCCGGCGCUGCUGAAGGCCAUCGGAUCGCUGCCGUACAAGGGAGGAGACACCAUGACAGGCGAUGCCCUGGACUACGUCCUGAAGAACUCGUUCACAGAGGCGUCCGGCGCCCGGGCGGGUUUCCCCCGAGUCCUGGUGAUCAUCACAGACGGCAAAUCAGAGGACGCAGUGGAGAGCUCGGCCAAGCAGCUCCGGAGCCGGGGGGUGGAGGUCUUUGUCCUCGGCAUCAACCAGGCCGAUGAAGGUGAGAUGAAGCUGAUGGCGUCCGUCCCUCACAGGAGUCACGUCUACAGUGUGGCCAACUUUAACUCCAUCAAGAGCGUCCAGAAGGAGUUCAUCACUCAGGUGUGCGCUGCCGUCGACGACCAGCUCAACUCACUCGUCAGUGGAGAAGAAGCUGUGGAGCCAGCCUCCAACCUCCAGGUCCUGGAGGUUUUGUCCAAGUCGAUGCGUCUGACCUGGGACCCGUCCAUCGGAGAGAUUACGGGCUACAGGGUGCAGAUGAUGCCCAUGAUGACGGACAGGAAGCGCCAGGAGCUGUACGUGUCCCCGGCCCAGACCCUGGCCGUGGUCAGAGACCUUUCUCCGGACACGGAGUACCAGAUCAGCCUGUUCGCCCUGAGGGGCAUCACGCCCAGCGAACCCGUCAGCCUCAUGCAGAAGACACAGCCCGUUAAAGUCUCAAUGGAGUGCUCUCUUGGCGUGGAUGUCCAGGCCGAUGUGGUUCUCCUGGUUGACGGUUCCUACAGUAUCGGUUUGGCUAACUUUGCCAAGGUAAGAGCUUUCCUGGAGGUUCUGGUGACCAGCUUUGACGUCGGACCAGAUAAAGUCCAGAUCAGCUUGGUCCAGUACAGCAGGGACCCCCACACCGAGUUCCACCUAAACUCCCACCAAGACGUGAGCGCCGUGGUCCGGGCCGUGAGGACUUUCCCGUACCGCGGCGGCUCCACCAACACCGGCCGGGCCAUGACCUACGUGAGGGAGAAGAUCUUCCAGGCCGUCCGAGGCGCUCGGCCCAACGUUCCCCGCGUCACCAUCCUCAUCACGGACGGGAAGUCGUCCGACGCCUUCCAGGAGCCUGCCACCAAGCUGAGGAACUCCGACGUGGAGAUCUUCGCCGUGGGCGUUAAGGACGCCGUGCGGUCGGAGCUGGAGGCCAUCGCCAACCAGCCCGCCUCCACCCACGUCUACACCGUAGACGACUUUGAUGCCUUCCAGAGAAUCUCCAAAGAACUGACGCAGUCCAUCUGCCUGAGGAUCGAGCAGGAACUUUCCAUCAUCAAACGGAAACGUCUGACCCAGCCGAGGGACCUGUCCUUCUCCGAGGUGGGCCCCAGGAGCUUCAGGGCCUCCUGGGCCAACGACGCCACCAACGUGGAGUCCUACCUGGUUCAGUUCAAGCCGGCGGAUGAAGACGGUCACUACGUGUCCGUGUCGGUCCCCGGAGACCAGCUGACGGCGGCGCUGCCCCACCUCACCCCGCUCACCCGCUACGAGGUCAACGUCUUCGCUCACUACGACACGGGCAGCAGCUUACCUGUGACCGGCUUUGAGACCACCUUAGAAGAACUGGGUUCCGUGCAGAACCUCCGAGUGUCCGAGGAGACGACGGACAGCUUCAGGGUGUCGUGGCAGCCGGCUCCAGGAGACGUCUCUCGCUACCGGGUGACCUAUGAACCUGCAGGAGACGAGAGUUUGAGGCGGGAGACGACCACCGCGGGCCCCGACACCACCAUGGUGCUGCAGCAGCUCCAGCCCAAAACCACGUACCGGGUCACCGUCACGCCUGAGUACACGUCAGGCCCCGGAGUACCGCGGCAGACCGACGGCACCACCAAAGAAGCCAGGGGUUCCCCUACUGAUCUGAGGGUUUUUGAAGAGACCAUGACCACCAUGAAGGUCUCCUGGGAGCCGGCUCCGGGGAACGUGCUCCAGUACCGCGUGGCCUACAAACCCUCCGCCGGCGGCCCCAAGAAGGAAGUGUCGGUGAAGGUAGACAACAGAGCCACGCUGCUGAAGAACCUGCAGCCGGGAACCCAGUACGACAUCGCCGUCAGUGCGCGGUACCCGUCCGGCCUUGGGAACCCUCUGGAGGGACGAGGCACCACGCUAGAAGAGUCGGGUUCUCCUCGGGACCUGGUCACCAGCGACGUGACCGACUCCAGCUUCGCGGCGUCCUGGACGGCGGCGCCUGGCAACGUGAAAAGGUACGAAGUCAGCUGGCAGUCCAUGUCCACGGACGAGACCGGAAUUAAACUGGUGCCAGGACACUUGACCAACACGGUGCUGGACGGCCUGAGUCCGGAGACGCUCUACCAGCUGUCUGUGGUCGCCGUCUACGACCACAAAGACAGCGAGCCGCUCACCGGACAGGAAACCACUGACGUCUCUGCUGCUGGUAAAAGGUUGACGGUGUCAGACGAGACCGAGCGAACCAUGAAAGUCACGUGGACGCCGCCACCAACCAGGGUGUCCCACUACCGGCUGAAGUACUUUCCCAUUAACGGAGGGAAAGAAGUGGCCCUCAAGGUCCCGGGGACCUCCACCUCCACCGUCAUGAAGCGCCUGCAACCCAAGACCACCUACAACAUCACCGUUCACCCCAUCUACAAGCGCGGGGAAGGCAAAGCAAGGCAAGGAGUAGGAACGACACUGUCGCCUUACAAGGCUCCCAGGAACCUCCAGACCUCGGAGCCCACCAAGAACAGUUUCAGGGUCACCUGGGACCAUGCGCCCGGAAAUGUUAAGGGCUACAAAGUGACUUUUCACCCCCAUGGGAACGAUAUCGACCUGGGGGAACUCAUGGUCGGCCCCUACGAUAACACAGUCGUUCUAGAGGAACUUAGGGCAGGAACAAAGUACUCGGUUUCCGUCUUCGGGAUGUUUGAAGGAGGGGAGAGUUUACCCCUGGCAGGCGAGGAGAACACGACCCUCAUGGACGCUCCGGAGCCGCCUCCCCUCCACCCAUCUGGUACUGAGUGUAAGACCACAGCGAAGGCCGACAUCAUCCUGCUGGUCGACGGCUCCUGGAGCAUUGGGCGGAUCAACUUCAAAACCAUCCGCAACUUCAUCGCUCGCAUGGUCAGCGUGUUCGACAUCGGCCCCGAGAGAGUUCAGAUUGGUCUGGCUCAGUACAGUGGAGACCCAAAGACGGAGUGGCAACUGAACGCCCACGCGACCAAGGACUCGCUGCUGAAUGCCAUCGCCAAUCUGCCGUACAAAGGAGGCAACACCAUGACAGGGAUGGCUCUGAACUUCAUCCUUCAGAACAACUUCAUCCCCAGCGUGGGGCUUCGUCCCGACGCCCGCAAAAUCGGCAUCCUGAUCACUGACGGAAAGUCGCAGGACGAGAUCAUCCUUAGCUCGCAGAAACUGAAGGACAGCGACAUCGAGCUCUACGCUAUCGGUGUCAAGAACGCCGAUGAGAACGAGUUGAGGUCCAUCGCCUCGGAGCCCGAUUCGAUCCACAUGUACAACGUCAACGACUUCAAGUUCCUGGUGGACAUCGUGGACGAGCUCACCGUCAACCUGUGUAACAGCGUCAAAGGCCCAGGAGGGGAACUGGAACUGGAGGCGCCCGCCAACCUGGUGACCUCGGAGGUGACCCACCACUCCUUCCGUGCCACCUGGACGCUACCUGAAGGUCCUGUGGAGAAGUUUCGGGUCACCUACGUGAUGGUGGCUGGAGGACCCACACAGGAGAUGAUGGUGGACGGGUCGGUGAACACUGUGGUCCUGGAAGGUCUGAGUCCUCUGACCGAGUACCUCGUCAACGUUUUCUCUGUGGCCGGCGAGCAGAGCAGCGAGCCUCUGAAGGGAACCGACACCACCUUGCCGCUGUCAGCAGCAACAAACAUGGUCGUCUUUGAUGAGACCUCGACAACCAUGAAGGUGAGAUGGAACGAAGCCGCCGGAGCGACAGGAUACAUGCUGCUCUACAAAUCCAUCAACGCCUCUGAGCCUCAGCUGGAGAACGAGGUCCGUGUGGGUGGAGGUGUGACCAACGUCCAGCUGGUGCAGCUGAUCCCCAACACGGAGUACGCCCUCAGACUGUUCGCCCUGCACGGGGAGGCUGCCAGCGUCCCUCUGGAGGGGACAGGAGUCACCUUGCCUGUUCCUCCUGUUGGAGCUCUGACCAUCACUGAUGUGACUCACAGCACCAUGAGGCUGAGGUGGGACGCUGCUCCUGGAGCCGUCCGCAGGUACAUGAUCACCUACAAACCAGAGGAGGGAGACCUGAAGGAGGCUGAAGUCAGUGGUGACAUCACCAACCUGGACCUGUCCAGCCUCAUCUCGCAGACUGAGUACGAUGUGGCCGUCACGCCAAUGUACGACGACGGACCCGGAGCCCCGAUGCUCGGGAGCGCCAUCACAGAUGUUGUUCCUGCCCCCAAGAACCUGCAGUUCUCCGAGGUGGGCCAUACCUCGUUCAGAGCCACCUGGGAGCACGGGGCCCCGGACGUGGCCCUCUACCGCAUCGGAUGGAACAAGAGAGGAGGAGGAGACUCCCCGCAGUUUGCCAUCCUGAACAGCGAAGAUACCACCCACGUUCUGCCCAACCUCGACCCAGACACCGAGUACCUGGUCACCGUCACCGCCAUCUACCCCGACGAGUCAGAGAGCGAGGACUUGAUGGGGAGUGAGCGAACAUUGUUGAAGGCUCCUGAUGUACCCGCUGAACCUCCACGAAACCUGAGGAUCUUCAACGCCACCACCACCUCGCUGGCGGUGAAGUGGGACGCUGCCCCCGGUCCGGUCCAGAACUACAAGAUCACCUACAACCCCGUGGCUGGAGGAGAGCCUCUCUCGACUCAGGUGGGAGGUAAGAAGACCAGCGUCACGCUGCCGAAGCUGGACCCCGACACGAUGUACUCCGUCACCGUGGGCGCCGUUUACCCCAACGGAGACAUCAAGACCAUCAGCGGAGAAGGACAGACCAAGCCUCUGGGUGGAGUGAGGAACCUGCAGGUGUUGAACCCCACCAUGACCACCCUGAACGUCCGCUGGGAGCCCGCCGAGGGCCGCGUCAAGGAGUACAAAGUGGUCUACGUCCCCGCCGCCGGAGGAGACGAGAGCAUGGAAACCGUGUCUGGAAGCACCACCACCACCCAGCUACGAGGCCUGCAGCCAGACACCCUCUACACCGUCUCUCUGGUCCCUGUUUAUGCUGCCGGAGAAGGAAAGACCAUGUCUGAGAACGGAAAGACAAGACCUAUGGGCGGAGCCAAGAACCUGCGGGUGACCGACCCCACCAUGACCACCCUGAACGUGCGCUGGGAGCCCGCCGAGGGCCGCGUCAAGGAGUACAAAGUCAUCUACGCCCCCGCCGCCGGAGGACCCGAGAACACGGAAACAGUGUCUGCAGGCACCACCACCACCACGCUGCGCAGCCUGCAGCCAGACACCCUCUACACCGUCUCUCUGGUCCCUGUUUACCCCGCAGGAGACGGGAAGACGAUGACUGAGAACGGAAAGACACGGCCUCUGGGGGGAGUGAAGAACCUGCGAGUGACCGACCCCACCAUGACGUCUCUGAAGGUGGACUGGGAACCUGCUGACGGAGCCGUUCGCCUCUACAAGGUCUUCUUCGUACCGGAGGCCGGCGGCCUCGAGGAGAUGGAGCAAGUCCCUGCAGGCACCACCUCCAUCAUCCUCAGGAACCUGCAGCCCGACACGCCGUACAAAGUGUCCGUGUUACCGGUUUACCCAGCCCGGGAGGGAAAACGCCAGUCAGAGAACGGGAAGACAUUGCCUCUGGGCGGAGUUGGCAACAUGAAGGUGACCAACCCGACCAUCACCACUCUGACCGUCAACUGGAACCCUGCUGACGGAAACGUUCAGGGAUACAAAGUGAUCUACAAACCUGUAGACGGAGGGCUGGAGAUCGUGGACCAGGUGACUGGGACCACCACCACCACGGUGCUGAAGAACCUGGACCCCGACACCGAGUACGUCGUCACCGUGGUGCCCGUCUACCACGAGAUGGAGGGGAGGUCUCAGUCUGCCAACGGGAAGACCAAUCCUCUGGGAGGAGUGAAGAACCUUCAGGUAACUGAUCCAACCAUCAGCUCUCUGGCGGUCCGAUGGGAACCGGCGGUGGGGAACGUCCGAACAUACAAAGUGAUCUACGCUGCAGAACCUGGAGGAGAAGAAAAAGUGGAGGAGGUCUCUGGAGGAACCACCUCCACCGUCCUCAGGAACCUGGACCCCGACACCUCCUACAACGUGGCGGUGGUGCCCGUCUACCCCGACGUGGAGGGAAUCCGCCAGGCGGAGAAGGGAAAGACCAAGCCUCUGGGUGGAGUGAAGAACCUGCAGGUGACCGACCCCACCACCAACUCCCUCAGGGUCCGCUGGGACCCGGCCGACGGAGACGUCAGACAGUACCAGAUCAUCUACGUCCCCACCGGAGGAGGAGCCGAGAGCAUGACUCAGGUAUCUGGGAUGUCCACCAACACGGUGCUGAGAGACCUGCAGCCUGACACCGAGUACAAAGUCACGCUGGUGCCCAUCUACCCCGACGUGGAGGGGAAACGGGAGUCAGAGAACGGGAAGACCAAGGCUCUGGGCGGAGUGAAGAACCUGCAGGUGACUGACCCCACCACCAGCUCUCUGAAGGUGCGCUGGGAGCCGGCGGAGGGAAACGUCCGUCAGUAUCGACUCUUCUACGUCCCUGCAUCCGGAGGAGCCGAGGACAUGGAGCAGGUGUCAGGUGGAACCACCAGCACGGUGCUGAGGAACCUGCUGUCAGAUACUCCGUACACCGUCACCGUGGUGCCCGUCUACCCCGAGGGGGAGGGGCUACGGCAGUCUGAUGACGGGAAGACACUCCCAAGAACGCCACCCAGGAACCUCCAGGUGUACAACCCCACCCCCAACAGCCUGAAUGUGCGCUGGGAGCCGGCCUCGGGCCAGGUCCAGCAGUACCGCGUGGUCUACUCGUCCCUCAGCGGAGCCAGGAACCCCAGCUCAGUCCUGGUUCCAGGAAACACCAACCAAGCCUUCCUGGACAGCCUGAUCCCAGACACGCCGUACUCCGUCACCGUGUCCGCGCUGUACGCCGACGGAGAGGGAUCGCCCAUAAAGGGCAACGGCAAAACACUGCCCCGUGGCGGCCCCAGGAACAUGCGUGUGUUCGACGCCACCACCAGCACCCUGACCAUCGGCUGGGACCACGCUGAGGGGCCCGUCAGGCAGUACCGGAUCGCCUACGCCCCCAUGACCGGAGACCCCAUCACUGAGUUUACGGUGGUUCCAGGGAACAGGAACAACGCUCAGCUGCAGAACCUGCUGCCCGACACGCCGUACAACAUCACGGUGGAGGCCGUCUACGCCGAGGGCCCCGGGGGGUCCCUCAACGGGAACGGACGCACAGUGGGCAUGUUGAGUCCCAGGAACCUGCGGGUCUCAGACGAGUGGUACACCAGGUUCCGGGUGGCCUGGGACCCGGUGCCGGCCCCGGUGCAGGGCUACAGACUCACCUACGCCCCUGCAGGAUCAGACCAGCUCAUGGACUUCUUCGUGGGAGACGUGACCUCCUACACGCUGCACAACCUGCUGCCUGGAACCACCUACGACCUGAAGGUGGUGGCUCAGUACAGCGGAGGAGAGAGUGGAGCGCUGCCGGGACAGGGGACCACACUUUAUCUGAACGUGACCAACGUCGAGACGUUCGGCGUCGACCACGACAAGUUCUGCAUCAAGUGGACGGCUCACAGAGCCGCCACGUCCUACCGCAUCAAACUCAACCCGGCCGACCCCUCCAGUAAAGGUCAGCAUGAGAUCACCAUCCCGGCCGGUCUGCCUCAGUAUUGUUUCGACGGACUUUCCCCCGACGCUCUCUACACCGCCACCGUGUUCGUCCAGACCCCGAACCUGGAGGGGCCCGGGGUCAGCGCCAAGGAGAGGACACUGGUGAAGCCGACGCCCGUCCCCACGCUGCCCCCGACCCCCACCCCCCCGCCCACCAUCCCCCCAGGAUGGGCAGUCUGUAAAGGUGCCAAAGCAGACGUGGUGUUCCUGAUCGACGGCUCCUGGAGCAUCGGAGAGGAGAGCUUCACUAAAGUCGUCAACUUCGUCUCCGGUAUGAUCGCCUGCUUCGACGUGGUCGGACCCUCGGGGAUGCAGGUUUCCUUCGUUCAGUACAGCGACGACGCAAAGACGGAGUUCAGGCUGAACGCCUACCAGGACAAAGGAGUCGCCAUGUUCGCUCCUCACCACAUCCGCUACAGAGGAGGGAACACCAAGACAGGCGUGGCUCUGAAACACACCUUUGAGAAGGCGUUCUCUGUGGAGAACGGGAUGAGGAGGAACGUCCCCAAAGUGGUGGUGGCCAUUACUGACGGACGCUCUCAGGACGAGGUGAAGAAGAACGCCGCCAAGCUGCAGCACGCAGGUUACAGUGUGUUUGCCAUCGGCGUGGCUGACGUGGACUUCGUGGAGCUGCAGCAGAUCGGCAGUAAGCCCAGCGACAGACACGUCUUCGUGGUGGACGACUUCGACGCCUUCGACACCAUCAAAGAAAACCUCAUCACCUUCAUCUGCGAGACGGCUUCCUCUUCUUGUCCUCUGAUCUUCCUGAAUGGAUUCACUUCACCUGGCUUCAGGAUGCUGGAGGCGUUCAACCUGACGGAGAAGACCUACAGCUACACUAAAGGUGUCUCCAUGGAGACGGGAUCCUUCAACAGCUACACGGCUUACAGGCUGCACAAGAACGCCUACCUGUCCCAGCCCACCACGUACCAGUUUCCAUCAUGUUUUGUGUCUUUGUGUCUCUGUCCAGCCUCCAGUCAGACCGUCUCCUUCUACAACAAAGACACUCGUGGUGAGGUCCAGAGAGUCUCGUUUGAUGGAGACCAAGUGAAGCAGAUCUUCCACGGAAGCUUCCACAAGCUCCAUAUCCUGGUUUCAUCCACCGGCGUCAAACUCAACGUGGACUGCCAAGAAGUGGCUGAGAAGGAGAUCAAGGAGGCUGGAAACACGUCCAGCGACGGCUACCAGGUCCUGGGCAAGAUGUCCAAGUCCAUCGGCUCCAAGGGAGCCUCAGCCACCUUCCAGCUCCAGAUGUUUGAUAUUGUGUGCAGCUUGGCCUGGACCAGCAGGGACAGAUGUUGUGACCUCCCGUCCAUGAGAGACGAGCUGAAGUGUCCGUCUCUGCCCAACUCCUGCACCUGCACCUCAGCCGGCACCGGGGAGCUCGGCCCCCAGGGGCCCGUGGGUGCUCCUGGCAGCAAAGGACCCCGAGGUGAAAGAGGAGAGGGAGGUCCAGUGGGACCGGUCGGCCCCCGUGGAGAUAACGGACCACCUGGACCCAUGGGUCUGCCGGGCCCCCAGGGGCCCAGCGGCCUGUCCAUCCCAGGAGAGGCUGGCCGAGCCGGACCCAAAGGAGACCCCGGAGACUCAGGUCUACCUGGACAGAAGGGUUCACCUGGACCUGCUGGAGGUGCGGGCCCCAUCGGACCAGCUGGAGUCAGGGGCCCUCCAGGGAAGGAAGGAUCAACGGGACCCAGAGGCCCCGCAGGGCCCAUGGGACCUCCAGGAUCUCCAGGAGUAUCAGGAGCUGCAGGGAAACCAGGAAACCCCGGGAACAACGGCUCUCCUGGCGCCCUCGGACCGAAGGGAGACAAGGGAGAGAGAGGCGACUUUGCUCCUCAGAACAUGAUGCGCUCCAUCGCCAGACAGGUCUGCGAGGGGCUGGUCUCAGCUCAAAUGACCCGCAUCAACACGCUACUCAACCAGAUCCCCAACGGCAACUACCGCAGCAACAACCCGGGUCCCCCGGGGCCCCCCGGGGCCACCGGCAGACAGGGAGCCCGCGGAGAACCCGGCUCGGCGGGAAGGAACGGCUUCCCCGGAAGUCCAGGAUCCCCGGGACAGCAGGGAGAGAGAGGGCCUGCAGGAGAGAAAGGUGAACGAGGACUGUCAGGAGUGGGACAGAAAGGACCCAGAGGACCUGCUGGUCCACAGGGAGAGAGUAGAACAGGACCCCCCGGACCCUCAGGCUCUGCUGGACCUCGUGGCCCCCCUGGACGUCCCGGGUACGCGGGGGUGCGAGGACCUCCUGGACCUCCUGGGUACUGCGACUCCUCCCAGUGUGUGGGUAUUCCUUACAACGGGCAGGGAUACGGAGGCCGGUACCCCCCUGAACCCGACACCCGAGUCGCCCCGGUCCCCGAGGAGGACGAGCUGUCGCUAAACCGGCGCCGAAAGAGAUCGCUAUCACGGAAGGCGUCCGACAGGCUAACAUCAUAAGACACGCCUCUUUUUUCUUGUUUGUUUUCUUGUUCAACCUGUGUUCAGAUUCAUGCACAUCAUACACACACACACAUUAAAAUAAUAAAAAAUAAAAACGGGGUUUGACACCUCGAUCUUAUUGGAAAAUGACCUUUUUAAAUGCCUUAAAACGUAUGUGAAUAUUCAAUUGUGCGGGAGGGAGUUUAGGCGAGAAAAUGGAAGAAAAAAAAAAAAGUUAAGAAUCCAUAAAAACACAAAACCACAACCUGUGAGCUUUCUUUUUUUUUUUUCCACUUUUGUGUCUUGUGCUUGUAACAUAUUUGCAUCCAGUUUGUAUGAAGCAGCAGUGUUGAACAGUGCACUCGUUGUCACAAAGAAAGAAAGAGAGGAAAUGUUUGCAUCACAGUACGUUAAAUAUAAUCCUUUCAUCCAGUGUUUCAGUUUCAUUAUGGCAGUUACACACCGCUUUCAUUUUGUAUCUCUUGACUUUUAGUAUUUAUCAGUUUUCCUUUAAUCCGUCACAGCUAAUGUUAACAAAAAGGUGGAAUUGCAUGUCUGUGGUGUAUAUUUAGUACAUGUUUUUUUUUUUUUUUUUUUGGUUACAUUUCAUUUUGUCUUAAUCAGAACAUAGUUGUUGUCAUUCUUGUCAUUUUCUCAGUUUGGACUGCAGUGAAACCUGCGUGCAGAUUAAAGGAGUGGUGUCGCUGCGUCAUGUUUCAGCUGCAGAUUGUGAAUUCCACAGCCUUAUUUUCUUAUUUAUUUCUGAAAACAGAAGAGGCAUUUUUCAAUAAAACUACUGAAAAUUUA